GCCCAAGCCAGCUCCCACUCCAUGCGCGCGACGGAGAGGGCGAGCCCGUCGCCGUGAAGUCGGUCUCCGAAGGGGAGCCGGGCAGCCCAAGGGAGCAGGGCGCCCUGCUGGCGCAGUUCAGGGCGGAGGUGCAGAUGCUCCAGGCUCUCAGCCAGCCCAUCUCGGGGGCGCCAGCCGACGUCAGCAGCGACAGCUUCGCGGUUGACGACCCGGCGGCCAGGGAGCUCGUCGAUCACGGGCUUCCCCGGCACCAGGACCUCUUCGUCGGUCUGCUGGACUUCUCCCGCCACGGCGACGCGGGCCCGCUCCCGCACGAGGGCGCGGGCUACCCGCAGCCAGUCGCCUCGGACGAGCGGGCGCGCGCGAUGCGGUGCCCGGGCGCCGCGGACGACGGGAGGUACUACCUCAUAUUGGAGAUAGCGAUGGAGACGAUGGAGGACUUCCUGGAGCGCAGGACGGCGAGCAGGCAGCCGCUGCGGCUGGCAGAGGUGCGGCAGACCUUCCGGGAGCUCUGCGAGGUGGUCACCGGCCUUCACGGCCGGGGGCUGGUGCACCUGGACCUGAAGCCGGCCAACCUGAUGCGGUUCCCGUCCGGCCGCUUCAAGCUCAUCGACAUGGACGGGGUGCAGCCGUGCGGGCGCACCGUGCCCGUCACUGACAUCACGUGCACCGCGCAAUACUGCUCUCCAGAGGUCGCGGGCGCGCUGCUGCGGGUCGACGAGGACGCGGAGCUGACCAUCUCCCGCCUGAUGGACGUGUACAGCCUGGGGCUCGUGGGCGCCGAGCUCGCCGCCGGGGAGCACCCGCUGGAGGAUCUGUGGACCCACCACUGCGGCAACAGCGGGGCCACCGAGGACGAGGACGAGCGGGAGUUCUACAGGAGCAUCGUGGAUCCAGACUUUGAGGUCCAGCUGCCGCCGGCCAUCCGGGGCGCGUCUCCGGAGCUGGAGGAGCUGCUGCGCAGCAUGCUGAGGACGCGAGGCAGGGUCUCCAUGCCCGAGGUGAUGGCCCACCCGUUCUGGCACGGGCCUGCCGAGCCCGCCGCGCCGUCGCCGCGGGCGGCCCCGGGCGGGGAGGCCGCGCGGUGACGUGGCCGGCCGCGGCUCCUCCCGCGGCCCGCCGCAACUUCCUCCCCCUCCUCCCCUCCUCCGCCU